AUGGCAAGGCGGGAGCGGCGGGGAGAUCGGGCGGGGAGAACCACCGCAGGCGUCCUGCAUCGGCCAUUAUUUAAGCUUGCGGGGUUGGAGAGAGGGAAAGUAGUCGCGCGCAUGUCCAGGAGACCGCCCGCGGACACAUUCGACAGCGUCUACUCGCAGCCCGGCCCCAGUCCGGCGAAUGUUUCAGCCCCCAUCCGUCCCACCGCCGCCCAGCGGUUCGGCUCCCCGCACCCCAACUUCAUGGCGUACAACUCCCCGUUCCAGGCGGCUCCUAAAGAGCAGAGCUUCGCGGGGGUGUCUGCGCUGGUGGACUUCCGGGAUGGCAUCCAGAUCGUCGAGGACGAGGCCGAGCUUGACAGGGAUGUCAGCUCUGACUUCCUGCAGAGGAACGGCCGCAGGGGUGUUUCUUCCAGGGGCAUCGCUAGCAAGUACCAUGAUGACGACGACGAGACUGCGGAGGCGGAGGAGGAGACGGUGAGCGCCUCCGCGGAGGAUGUCCGCAGCAUGGUGGAGGAGAACCUCCGCCGGAACUGCAAGUCCCGCUAUUCUUCCCUGUCCGCGCUGGCCGGAAGAUCCGGCGAUUCUUCUUUGAAGUCCUCCUCCGAGGGGAAGCUUGACAAGAAGGCGGACCAUGAUGACAUCCUGAAGAACGUCCGCGAGAGCCUGAAGGAGAUCCGGUUGAAGCUGUCCGGCGAAACUCCCGGGGGUUUAAAGGAUAAGGCGCCGCUGCUCUUCUACCGCGCCCAGCCGCAGGACCACUGGAUCAACCGCCUCGUGUCCUGGCUGGACCCGCCGUACGUCCACGUGGAGCUGAGGUUCGAGGAUGGGAUGGCGUCGUCGAUCUUCGCUGGCGAGGUCCUCUUCUUCCGCCCCCGCAGCUUCGCCAACCCGCACUACCACAUCGAGACCCUCACCGCGGAGGAGAGGGGGUAUCAGGAGAUGUACCUCUACUGCCAGCGCCGGGCGGCCCAGAAUGUCAGGUUCGACAACCUCGGCCUUCUCCUCGCCGCGCUGCCUUUGUACACCCGGACCCCGAUCGACCGUACCUUCUGCAGCCGCCACGUCGUCGAGACCCUCCAGAUGGGGAACGUGCCGGAGUUUUUGCUGCUAUCUCCCCACCGCACCACCCCGACGAUGAUCUUCAAGGCCGCGAGGAACUCCGGCAGGACGUUCUUCUCCAGCGUCCCGUUCAAGAUCAGCAUGCUGGAGAGGAGCCAGGCGGACCGCCCCAGGACAAAGGAGAGGACGUCGGAGGGGGUGGUGGAGGCGGUCACCUUCAGGCGAUAG